UCUUGGCUUCCCACCAUCUUCCUCUUUUCGCCACAUCUGUCUGUAAUAUUAAUUUUUUUCAGCUGUUUUCAACUAUAUUUUAAUAAUAAUGAGUCUACGCCACUACAAAAUGAAAAAAAAAAGAGUCCAUGAUUUUCUUCUUUUGUGGUAAAUAAUAUAAAUCGAAAUUCCCAAAUCCUUCAUCUUCUUCCCAAUCUCUAAAACCCUAGACUCACUUUCCAACUCAAGCAGACAGAACCAAGAAGCUUAUUUACGUUUUUCUGGGGAAAAAUAAAUUUUACUGCUUUUUGUUUGGGUUUGUUCGAUUUUGCGUCAUCUGAAAUCGAUUUUGCAAUCAACACAAUGUCGGGUUCUGGGGGAGUUUCAAUCGCCCGAUCAGCGAUCCGCGGCGAGAAUCGGUUCUACAAUCCUCCUCCGAUGCGGAGGAUGCAGCAGCAGCUGAGGGAGAAGCAGCAACGAGAAGAAGAAGGUGGGAUGUUGGUGGAUAAGGAGCUUUCGACUGCUUCGAUGCCGCCGCCUCGUCUGAGGAAAGCUCAGGCUAGGAGCAAGAAUCGGGUCGUGGUUUCCGGGUCGGAAGUAAGCGCCGGCUCAUCUGAAUCAUCCGGGUCGGGUCGGGUUCAGAGCGAGGGGUCAAACUUGGAUCGGUUCUUGGAGCACACCACUCCACUUGUCCAUCCCCGGUUACUUCCCAUUGGGAGCAGGUGUGAACUUAAACCGGAGUGCAAUACAUAUUUUGUUCUGGAGGAUCUGUGGGAGUCGUUUGCAGAGUGGAGUGCGUACGGUGCGGGUGUUCCCCUACAUAUGCAUGGGAGCGACUCCACUGUGCAGUACUACGUGCCUUACUUAUCUGGCAUUCAGUUGUAUGUAGACCCAUUAAAGAAAGCAAGAAAUCCAGUUGAAGAUAAUGAUGUAAGUAGUGAAGGUAGUAGUAAGCUUGAUAAGUUACCUAACCAUGCUAAGAAUAUGGAGAAUGCGGUGGACUUGAGUGUCAGUGAACUGAAUAGAGUUAGUCUGGGGGAUCAAUCUAUUACCGGUUCGUUGUCAAGUGGAGAGACUGAGAUCAGCAACCCUCAGGGACGGUUAUUGUUUGAGUACUUGGAGUAUGAUCCUCCCUUUGGCCGUGAACCUCUCGCUAACAAAGUGUCAGAUCUCGCCUCAAGGUUUCCUGAGCUAAUGACAUACCGGAGCUGCGACCUUUCUCCAUCAAGUUGGGUCUCUGUGUCAUGGUAUCCAAUAUACAGAAUACCAGUUGGUCCAACACUACAAAAUCUCGAUGCCUGCUUUCUAACUUUCCACUCUCUCUCAACACCACCUCCGCAAACAGGUUGUAGUGAUACUAAGCCAUCCAUGAAGCUACCUUUGGCUACUUUUGGAUUGGCAUCUUAUAAGCUGAAACUAUCUGUGUGGAACCAAAACAGAGGUCAAGAGUCCCAAAAGCUCUCGUCUUUGCAACAAGCUGCUGACAAAUGGCUUAAGCGUCUGCAAGUUGAUCAUCCGGACUACAUGUUCUUCACCUCCAAUGGCCACAAAUGAGGUGAAAAAAACGAAAGAUGUUUUCUCGACCAUCAACUUUGGCUCUGGUCUGAUCCAACAGACCCAUUAUCUGCUACUCUCUACUUCACAUAUAGUCUCUCUUACACUGAAGAACCACCAAACUCGGGCGAUUUAAGAGUCUUCUGUUUCAUUUCUAGAAGAUGGUUUGUGAAUUUGUAGCCUAAUCUUCCCAAAUGUCCUUUACUGAAACUAGUCUUUUGCUUUUCCCUAAAUAAGGAUUUGAGGAGAGAGCUCAUAUAGUGGUUUUGUAACACUUUUUGGUGAUACACUUCGGUUGCUGAACUGAAACACAGCUUGGCUUAUGUAUCGGUUUUCAACAGGUUUUAGUAAUGAAAAGUUUGUAUCUUUUAUAAAA